CAAAAAAAAAAAAAAAAAUUCCAAGUUAAAAAAGAAAAUCCAAAUUUACCUCCAAAAUUCAACGGUUGAAAUCUCCCUCCUUAUCCACACCAAAACAAAAACCUCAUCCAAUCCUUCCUCCCCUCCACCUCUCAUUCCCUUCCUUUCUUCCACAUCACACCCUCUCUUAGAUAAGAUUUCUCACCUUUUCUUCUUCUCCUAAGCUAACUCCAUUCUUAGCUUAGCUUUGAGAGAUCAAUCAAACCUCAAAAAAUCCAAAAAAAAAAAAAAAAAUAAUAAUAAUCACACCAAACAAUGGCCUGUUCUCUUUCCUUUAGCUCCUCAGUGAGCAGCUUCCACCUCUCCACCACCACUCAAUCCACCCAAGCACCACCCCCUUCCAACGCAUCAAUUCCCAACACCUGCCCUAUCCAAUGCAGCAACCUCCGCGAGCUCCGCGACCGCAUAGGAUCAGUUAAGAACACCCAAAAGAUCACCGAAGCAAUGAAGCUCGUGGCGGCCGCUAAGGUCCGUCGUGCUCAGGAAGCCGUCGUAAACGGACGUCCCUUCUCGGAGACCCUCGUCGAGGUUCUGUACAACAUAAACGAGCAACUGCAAACCGACGACAUCGACGUGCCUCUGACGAGGGUCCGCCCUGUAAAGAAGGUAGCUCUAAUGGUAGUCACAGGAGACCGUGGCCUCUGCGGGGGGUUCAACAACAUGUUGCUUAAAAAAGCCGAGGCUCGUAUCGCCGAGCUUAAGGAUUUAGGUGUGGAUUAUACUAUCAUCAGUGUUGGUAAGAAAGGAAAUACGUACUUCGUUCGUAGACCAAACAUACCCGUUGAUAGGUACUUCGACGGCAGUAAUCUGCCUACUGCUAAAGAAGCACAGGCAAUAGCAGACGAUGUAUUUUCCCUGUUUAUAAGCGAGGAAGUCGAUAAGGUUGAGAUGUUAUAUACUAAAUUCGUAUCGUUAGUGAAAUCUGAUCCUGUAAUCCACACACUUUUGCCGCUCUCUCCUAAGGGAGAGAUCUGCGACAUCAAUGGAAAGUGUGUGGAUGCUGCUGAAGACGAGCUGUUUCGUCUGACGACGAAAGAGGGAAAACUGACGGUGGAGAUGGAUACAGUGAAAACAGAAACUCUUUCGUUUUCGCCGAUUCUUGAGUUUGAGCAGGAUCCUGCACAAAUCUUGGAUGCUUUGCUGCCUUUGUAUCUUAACAGUCAGAUUCUGAGGGCGUUGCAGGAGUCGCUUGCUAGCGAGCUCGCUGCGAGGAUGACUGCUAUGAGUAAUGCAUCUGAUAAUGCUAGUGAUUUAAGGAAAUCGCUGUCUGUUGUUUAUAAUAGAGUGCGUCAGGCUAAGAUUACUGGCGAGAUCUUGGAGAUUGUUGCUGGUGCUAAUGCCUUGGUUUGAGUUGGUUGUUUUACAAUAUGGUCUGUUUUUUUGUUCUUAUUAUUCUUAUUUUUGGAAAGAACUAUGGCUAUUAUUGUUGGUAUAAUUACUAUAAAUAUGGAUACUCGUAUUAAUAUUAUGUAUUUAUGUUUUGGUGAUGAUUCUAAUGAACAGAGGUAUCAAGUGCAGAGGAGAUUAAUUAGAUCAUAUUGAUUUGUAAUUACGUUUCAUAAUUUAUAUAGUAACAAAUUUCACAACCUUUGUGAUAACA